GUAUGUACACACAAGCGCGUAGGUAUACAUACAGACGCUGAUAUCUCUACGUCAACUUUUUAGACACUUGAAUUAGCUCAAAUACUCGCAAUUUUGAAUUAAGAACGAGAUGGGUCGACGUAAAAGCAAACGAAAACCGCCCAGCAAGAAGAAAGCCAUUCAACCGUUAGACACGCAGUUCAAUUGUCCGUUCUGCAAUCACGAGAAGUCGUGCGAGGUUAAGAUGGACAAGUCCAGGAGUACUGCCAGGAUAACUUGCAGGGUAUGCUUGGAGGACUUUCAAACGACAAUAAAUCUGCUAUCGGAACCUUUAGAUGUAUAUAAUGAUUGGAUCGAUGCAUGUGAGACUGCUAAUUGAAUAUUAGUUAUGUAUGCAUAAGAGAGAAAGAUUCCUAUAUUAUUCCUAUGUUCUUUGACAAAUCUUAUCACCUGAUUUAUAUUUUUACGCAUAUUCUUUAAUACAUUACUAAAUGUGGCUGAGUACUGUCAGUAAAAGACAAUCUUAAUUGUGAUGAAGCAACAUAAAAUUUGCUAUAAUUAUAGUCACAUUUAGCAUUAAUAUUUAAGAAACUUAACUUUAUAAUAUUGUGUAAUAGAUUAUUGAAUUUUUCUAACCACAAGUACAUAUGGCGUCAUUAAUGUCUAGCUAUUUAAAAUUAGCAAUAUUUUCAUUUUUAUUUGGAAUAGAAAACCUAGAAUGCAGUUAACUUAAGAUGGCUAGGCAUUAAUGAUUCUGUAUGUACAUGUAUCAUUUAUUUUAGUAUUAAUUACACUUUAGUAUAAAUCUAUAAUUUGUAAUAUAUAUCGUAUUAUAUUGUCUGUAUAUAAUUUUAUUUUUCAUACAUAAUCAAACAAGUAAAAUACAUAAAUAUAUACAUUUAUAUUCUAUUAAAUUAUUAUAAAGAGGAAUUUCCAAGACUAUUUUAUUCAAAUCUUUCCUUUACAAUUCUGCGAUUAUUUAGUAAAUAAAUGCAAAUUAAAUAUGUUGAAUAAUAGAAUAAAAUUUGAAAGUAUUAGUAUAAUCACAAUUUGUGAUUAUAACUUGCAAUUAUUGAAUUUUCAAUAUACAAUAUAAAUGUAUAUGAAAAGAUAUAAAGCGAAAAUGUAUGUUCUGUAUGCGAAACAUAAAAAAUUGUAUAUAUUUGCUUCAAAAUAAAAAAAUGAUUUCUAUAUCUAGAUAUCUCAAUAAAAAUGUA